AUGAGUUUUGGAUCGAAAGAACCCGCCGCGAGACAUCGAAAGAAGAGGAUGAUUGAAAUUGAGACGACGGAGCCGGACCCGAGUAUCAAGAGACGCAGGACAGGUUCGAAACACCCGAGCAAAGCCACGACAUUGACAUAG